AUGGAUACCCCAAUCGUACUGACAUUUUAUAUAAAACCUUCACCAAAUUCAAAAAUUAUUCGUUCAAUUGCUUUAAAAGAAUAUUUUUCAAAAUUAACAUCAAAUGUUGAGGUACUUUAUCCGACGCAAAUUAAUUAUGGUCUUUUAUUAUGUAAAUCUAGACGAACGGAAGAAAAAAUUUUAAAGAUGCGUCAUGUACUUUCAAAUGGAUCAACAAUUCAUUUAUUUCAGUUAAUUCGUCCAUUAUUUCAACAAACAAAAUGUACAAUUAGUGGACAAAUAAUGCAAUUAAAUCAUAUGAGCGCAUUAUUUCAACAAUGUUUACCAUUUAUAAAUGCUUCAGAUGGAAAAAUUCAAGUCAAUCUUGAUAAAUCAGUUUUAUUGGAAGGUCAUAUAUAUAUAUUAAAUUCUAUUCAUUCAUUUCUUAUUAAUAAAAUAUCUAAAAACGAGAAGUCAAAUGAUACAAAUUCAUCAGAAUCAUUAAGUUUACAUAGUCAAAAUACAAGUAUUCAACUUAUGAGUGGAAAACUAAUUGAACAAAAUGUUGAAAGUAUUAUAAUUCCAAUGUCUGAUAAAUAUAAAAUUCAUAAAGCUUUUGAUCGACAAUUACAAUCAUUGGGUAGUACAACUAUUUUGAAUUAUUUUAAAGAAUUAAAAACGAAAAGUACAUGUGCUCAUGAAGGAGACGUUAUUUUAUUACCAAAUCAUGGAUUAAAAAUUCCAGCAAAAAUCCUAACUUUUUUUAUUGUUCCACGUAUAGUAAAUAAUGAAGUAAUAAAAGAUAAAUCAGUGAUUGAUUCAUUUCAAUCAAUAUAUGAAAAACUAAUUUAUAAUACUUUACAAACUCUGGAACAAAAUGGUGCAACAAGUAUUGCAAUGCCGCUUCUUGAACCAAAUGUUAAACUUAGUUCAGAAAGACGUUAUGCUAAUGAAAUGGCUGCUCGUGCAAUGAUAACUGCUAUUCGACAAUAUUCUCAAAAUUUAUCAACUAGAUUAAAACGAAUUCUUAUUGUUGAUCAUCAAGUACAAAUAAGAAGAAUGAGUAAACGUGUAAAAAAAUAUCAAAAACAACUUCAAAUAAAAGAAUUACUUAAUAAUAAUAUUGAUCUUGAUACCGACGAUGGACAUUCAUUUACCUAUAUAUUUGGUGUACCAAGAAUACCCGAAAUAGCAUCAAGUUCAAGUGAAAGUGAUGAUGAUAUUGAACCAGAAGAUUAUCAACUUCCGUAUAAGCAUCAUACAAUAAUUUAA